GGCAGAAGUCCACAAGCGUGCCUUUCUCGUCCUGCUUGACCUGGCAUGACGAUCCUUUGGCCUCAACUUAUUCCUCAUCCCCGUCCGAUAAUUGCCCAUCUCAAGUGCUGAAGUCGUUCGUCCAGCAUAUACUGGCCCAUCACACCAUUUCAAAGAUCCUUCGCCUCCUCAGCGACUUCUCAUCCUCGGUAGGCCCUGCAGUUGAACGGGUCUAUCGGGUCGUAUUUCAACCCGAGAGCUUGACGUUUGUGCAAAACUGGGCACGGUUGGUGCAGUCCACGUGUCGAUCGCACCCACUGUUCGAAUUCGUUAAGCCGCAGGCAGAAUUUAGAAAGAAACGGGACCUUGCUUUGCGCAGGUGCACGCUUCCACUCCAUCGGUGCUCGGGGCGUUUCGUCUGCGAACCGGCGGAGCUUUGCGCAAACAGCAACUCGUUUGUCUGAUACCUCUGCUCACUGGAAGCAUUGGCCUUGCUUCCGAGCUGUCAGGUAGAAAGACAUUGUAGCAGAGAGUCCUCACAUCAUUGGACUUCUGCUUUACCAUGGCACAUGCACGCGAUGACUCCUUUCAUUCCCCUACGCGGGGGACGCCUUUCCAUUCGCGAGGUCCGUCGACAGCAUCUGAUUGGAAUGGAAAUUUCGAACGACCGACUACCUCAGAUACGAACAGACCUUACAAUGUAUCAGACUUUGCAGAGUCCAGGCGAGGGCUAAUUCUGCCUGGCGUCAACGAGGGCUAUCGACCUGCCGCGACGAGGCGGUAUGACGACGAAUGGCGACCCAGCCCGACGCAAGGCUCUUUCAGCAACUUGGUUUCUCCCACACGGCAAGCAUUCCUACCAGAUGGCACCACACCUCCGGCAUCCCCAGGUUUUCACCCCGGAUUCCCGCGGCCAGAGACACCGGGCUCGCCGUACGACCCUCCCUCACAAGGAUCACUGGGCUCGCCACUCGCGGUGCCAGCCAAUGUUGCUCACUCUCGGAAUCAGAGCGAUUUCAAUGACAAAACGUCUUACGAUGAGCGCUUCAGAGCAAUUCCGCAAGACGAAGGUUCAUUGCCACCUAAAGCAAUGGCCAAACCACCUGGUCCUCCUGGCGGCCCACCUCCUGAUGGCGGCACAACAGCAUGGCUUCAAGUCCUGGGUGGCUAUUUCCUCUUCUUCAACACGUGGGGUCUCAUCAACGCCUUUGGUGUCUUCCAAACGUACUACAAAGGCACACUUCUCACAUCAAACUCAAACUCCUCAAUUUCAUGGAUCGGAACGCUGACUUCCUUUUUCCUCUGUGCGUCACCAAUAAGCUGGGGACCAGUCUUUGACGUUGGCAAUCCUCGAGUAUUGGUUCUGUUUGGCUCAUGCUCUGUCGUCUUCGGCAUCAUGAUGACCUCGCUGUGUACAGAGUACUGGCAGCUCAUUCUCGCCCAAGGUAUUUGCUGCGGUAUAGGCGGAGGCUGUCUAUUUAUCACAGCAACCUCGAUCCUGCCCAGCUACUUCUCAUCCAAAAGAGCGCUCGUCAUGGGCAUCUCCGCGUCUGGCUCAUCACUGGGAGGAGUGGUCUACCCAAUCAUUUUCACCUACGUUCAACCUACUAGCCUAGGAUUUGGAUGGGCAGUACGAAUCAUCGGCUUCAUCGCAAUCAUAACUCUAGCGAUUCCCUGCAUCGUCAUCAAACCCCGCGUACGACCUCCUGGACGCCGCAAAAUCUUCGAUGCCUCAAUCCUCAAAGAAGUGCCCUUCCAAAUCAUGAACCUAGCAACUUUCUUCGGCUUCGUAGGACAAUACAUCCCCUACUUCUUCAUCGAACAAUUCGCCGCAACGCACGAUCUCGGACUGGAGUUCUGGAUGCUCAUCUUCCUCAACAUCGGUUCCAUCCCCGGCCGGAUCGUCCCAUCUUACAUUGGAGACAAAUAUUUCCAUCCAUUGAAGGUCCUAGCCACGACGACAGCUUCAGCUACAAUUCUCGCUUUCUGCUGGAUAGCGAUCAAAGAUAGCACAGCGGGCUUGAUCGUCUGGUGUUUCUUGUAUGGCUUCUUUUCUGGUGCUUUUGUGUCGCUUCAGGGCGCGGCUGUGGCUAGUAUGACCAAAGACCUUCGCACGAUAGGGACUCGAUUCGGGAUCAAUAUGUUCGCGGGAGCAUUGGGAAUCCUCAUAGGAAGUCCUGUUGGCGGAGCAAUCUUUCCAAGCUCGUGGCCAGGCGCACAGAGUUUCUGUGGUGCGACGCUGGCCUGUGCGACAGCUUGUAUCGUUGCAUGCUGGUUUGCGUGGCAGGCGCAGCUGAAGAGUGAAGCUGCGACGGGUGAAAAGCUUGAGAUGCGGUAAUGUAUCUCGAAAGAGAUAAUGUUUCUGUUUUAAUGUUUGAGUUGUUGGUGUUCCUGAGCUUCCAUCAGGAGGUGGUGUCAGCUCUGCAAUCGGCAGGAUCAUCAAGCUUUUCUGGUUCCUGAAUAUCAUAUUUUCGGUUCAGCUGUGCAGAGAGCGUUUCGGAGGACAUGUUUGGGACGGUUAUGAAUAAUUUGGAAAGAACGACAAACGGCUCGUAUCCGAAAGUGGAAGGCGCAGUGCGAGAGACAGCCCCACUACUCUGCAUUUGAUACAGUACUUGUAGUAUACGCGUGCGGCUCUGGCAUUCAAUGCCGAUGCCUAAUAUUAGAAAACUGCAAAAACACGAUGACAGGGA